UACAAAAAGGUUCAUUCCUUUUUGGCCCCUCGUCUUCUCCAAUCUCGAGCCUCCUCCCCCGCUGAGAUCUCCGUUAACGUACGCCGCUCCCCCACCUCGGCGUACGAUAGACCAAACCCUAGUCUUUCCGUCGCCUUCUUCCGCCAACGUUGAUGGCGUCUCCCGCCGGGAGUCCCAACACGUCGGGAAAUUACGAGGCGCAGGCGGUCUUCAAGCCCCCCAACGCCGGCCCUAGCCCCGGCUCCAACCCCCGGCCGCCUUUCCAUCUUCCUUCCGCCUACCCCGCGCCUCCGUCAUCGUACCCCACACCGCCUCUCCCUGGGGCAUUCUCCUACCCACCGGCCACCCCGCCGUUCCACCACCACCCCUUCCUCCACUAUCCGCAGGAGCCCCUCCACCGUCCCCCCGCCAUUUAUUCCCCCACCGCCGCCUCUCCCCAGCUCACCAAUCCUAAUCCCACACCUAACCCUAGUCCUAGCCCCAACUCCAAUCCCGGCGCUCGCCUCAUGGCCCUCCUGAAUCCUCCUGCCCACCUGGAAUCCCCCGUUUCGAUGCCGCUCCCUUCCUCCACACCAUCGGACUUCCUGUCCCCUUCCGCAACCGCGACCACCAUUCUCCAUCCUGUUCCGUCGGCUCCGCCAGCGGCUCUGGUUCAGCCAACACCGGUGAGGAUGCCAAGCAAUAAGUUGCCAAGAGGGCGGCUUCUUGGUUCCGGAGAAAGGGUGGUCUACGAUGUGGAUUUGAGACUACCGGGAGAGUUGCAGCCGCCACAGCUCGAGGUAACGCCGAUCACCAAAUAUAUCUCGGACCCUGGGCUUGUUUUGGGCCGCCAGAUCGCGGUCAACCGGAACUAUAUAUGCUAUGGCCUUAAGCUUGGUGCUAUCCGGGUGCUCAAUAUCAACACAGCUCUGAGAUCAUUGCUCAAGGGGCAUUCUCAGAGGGUCACUGACAUGGCUUUCUUUGCUGAGGAUGUGCACUUCUUAGCCAGUGCAAGUAUUGAUGGGAGAAUAUUCGUGUGGAAGAUCAAUGAAGCGCCUGAUGAGGAAAACAAGCCGCAGAUAACAGGAAAAAUCAUAAUGGCUAUUCAGAUUGUAGGACAGGGAGAAUCACGUCAUCCACGAAUAUGUUGGCAUUCCCACAAACAAGAAAUAUUGUUUGUUGGAGUUGGAAAUUGGGUCUUGAAAAUUGACAUAAAUAAAGUUGGAAGAGGAAAAGAAUUUUUAGCAGAGGAACCUCUCAAAUGCCAUGUUGAGAAGUUGAUUGAUGGAGUGCAAAUUACUGGUAAACAUGAUGGAGAAGUGACAGAUCUGUCCAUAUCCCAGUGGAUGAUCACUCGUUUAGUAUCAGCAUCAAAAGAUGGAACAGUUAUGAUCUGGGAUGAUCGUAAAGUAGUGCCCCUUGCCAUGUUCAAGCCACAUGAUGGUCAUCCUGUUAACUCAGUGGCAUUCAUGACAUCACCUCAUUGCCCUGAUCACAUCAAUCUCAUUACAUCAGGGCCUUUGAGCCGAGAAGUGAAAGUUUGGGCUUCUGCUGGUGAAGAAGGUUGGCUAUUGCCGACCGAUUCUGAAUCAUGGCGGUGCACUCAGACCUUGGACUUGAGAAGUUCCUUAGAAUCUCGUACUGAAGAGGCAUUUUUCAAUCAAAUAGUAGUUUUGCCUCAACCAAGCCUUAUUGUUAUUGCCAAUGCAAAGAAGAAUGCUAUUUAUGCAGUGCAUGUCGACUAUGGUCCAUAUCCUUCUUCUACACGCAUGGAUUAUAUAGCAGACUUUACCGUUGCAAUGCCUAUUUUGAGUCUUACUGGAACACAUGAUUGCCUUCCUGAUGGAGAACAGGUGGUCCAAGUCUACUGUGUCCAGACACAGGCUAUACAGCAGUAUGCUCUGGAUUUAAUUCAAUGUCUACCACCACCAACUGCUAGUGCUGGGUUGGAAAGGGAUCAUUUAUCUCAUGUUGUUGAGACACGUGGUAUGGAAGGACUCGCUGUUCCAGAGCCAUCCUGUGGACUUUCUGUCAAUGAUUUUUCUACAGAAAAUUCUUCACCAAAAACCCAUCUUACCAAUAGCAGCAUUGACAGGGCAUCUGCAGCUUCACAAGCUGUAACAAAAGUUUCUACUGUAGGCACCAGUACCCUUGAGUUGUCUGAAUCAAGUUUUGAAGUUCAGCCCAGUGCUCCUCCAGCUCCGAGUGUAGAUGUUGAUGCAUUGCAUGUUACACCAGUUCCUCCAGCUCUGAGUGUGGAUUUUGCAGGAACUUUACCUGACCUGAAGAGCCCUGAAAAAUCUGAGGACACACCAUCAAUUGGUGGUUGUGAAAUGGAUCAGUCAAUUUCAGAGUAUUCAGUUGACAGGAGAGUGGAUUCUUUCAUUGAAAGUGCACUUGAUGUUCCUAUGACAGAAGGAAGCACACUGAAGGAUGAAUCUAAAGCUGGACAGAAUGAUCUCUCCAUGUUAUCUAAUCCUCGUUUGAUGUUUAAGCUUGGUGGCAACUCAACUCACCUGGUAACCCCUGCAGAAAUUUUGUCAGGUGCUAUAUCUUCUUCAGAAAGCAGCCAUGCCAAUAAAAGAUCCAUCAAGGAAGUGAAGGCUCAAGAUAUGACCACUUGUGAUGACAUAGAAUGUGCUGAACUGGAAGUAAAAGUAGUGGGUGAGGAUAAACCAGGUCUGCAGGAAUUUGAUUCGCAGAAAGUGCCUGAAGAUUUUGCUGCUGAGGAUAAGGAAAUCUCCCCCCAGACUUCAAUAGCCGACUUUAGGAUGGAAAAUGAGUGCUCUACUGUAAAAGGAACUCUGGAAGAAACUCGCCCAGGUGAGGACAAUGCAAUUUCCCAGUCAAAGAAACAUCUACCAAGCACUUUUGAGGCAAAAAUUCAAGAUGGCGUGAAAAAUACAACAGAAGAGGUGACAGGAUCUGCUGUAAUGGCAGCAUCUCAAUCUCCUUUAGCUGCCAGUGGGAAGAAACAAAUAGAAAAGACUUCCCAAAGAUUCAGCCCUUCAUCACCUUCAUCAAGCCCUUUUAAUUCUACCGAAUCUUUUAACGAACCAGGGAGCAGUACAGGUGCUCCUCCAGCUGAUGCUGCUUUUUCUGAAAUUCCUGCUCUGCAGGAAACUGUGAACCAGAUUAUAAGUAUGCAAAAGGAAAUGCAAAAGCAGAUGAGUCUAAUGGUGUCUGCAUCAGUAGCAAAGGAAGGCAAGAGGGUGGAGACCACAUUAAGUCGGAGCAUGGAGAAGAUCAUCAAGGCCAAUUUAGAGGCUGUGUGGGCCCGUAUCCAAGAAGAAAAUGCCAAAUAUGAGAAGUUUGAGAAGGACCGUGUCCAGCAGAUGACAAAUCUAAUAACCAACCAUGUGAACAAGGACUUGCCAACCAUUUUAGAGAAGGCAGCGAAGAAAGAACUUUCUGUAAUAGGGUCAACUGUUGUGCGUGCAAUUACACCUAUUAUUUCUUCAGCUAUUGCCGAGUCAUUUCAGAAGGGUGUUGGUGAUAAGUCAGUGAACCAGUUGGAGAAGUCCAUCAGUUCUAAACUUGAAGCUACAGUUGCAAGACAAAUCCAAACGCAGUUCCAAACUUCUGGGAAGCAAGUUCUUGAGGAUGCCUUGAGGUCUUGUUUGGAAUCAUCAGUGGUUCCGGCAUUUGAGCACUCUUGUAAAACAAUGUCUGAGCAAGUGGGAAAUGUAUUCAAGAAGGGAAUGAGUGAACACACUGCUGCUGCUCUGCAGCAGCUUGAGGUGGCAAAUAGUUCAUUAGCACUUACUUUGAGGGACGCAAUCAAUUCUGCUUCAUCAAUUACCCAAAAUCUCACCACUGAAUUAAUUGAUGGUCAGCGCAAGCUUUUGGGGCUUUUUGCUGCAGGAAACACAAAGGCAUUAGAUCCUCUUGCUGUGCAGCAAGCAAAUGGCCCUUCGGUUGGCCUUCCUGAGAUGGCCUUAUCUAUCCAGCAGGUGGGGGCACCACUAGAUCCAACAAAGGAGCUGUCGAGAUUGAUAUCCGAGCGGAAGUACGAGGAGGCAUUCACAAUGGCACUUCAACGAAGUGAUGUGUCGAUCGUAUCUUGGCUAUGCACACAGGUUGAUUUGCGGGUGAUUUGUUCCACGGGGCAGCCGCUCCCUUUGAGUCAAGGAGUCCUUUUAGCACUUGUGCAGCAACUAGCAUGUGAUAUCGGUCAUGAGACAUCGAGAAAAGUCGGUUGGAUGACGGACGUUGCCGUUGCAAUCAACCCGGCUGACCCGAUGAUCGCGCUGCAUGUGAGGCCAAUAUUUGAGCAAGUCUACAACAUGUUGGGCCACCAAAUGGCAUUUCCAACAACCAGUGCCUCUGAAGCAGCCAGCGUCCGCCUGUUGAUGCAUGUUAUAAAUUCUGUACUCACGACCUGUAAGUGAUCCCUUUCUUUGACCCACCAUCAUCUGUUCAUCUGUUAGGGUCAUGUACAGAAGAUAAAAGAAGAGAGAGAUGCUUGACGAUAUUGGCCCAUGGAAGGGCCAUGUACUGUGUAGAUUAUAAAUGGUCCAGCCAUUCAUUGUGUUUCUUCUGCUUCA